AUGACGUCGUCUUCUGGCCCCGCAAGACCCGUAUCACCAUCAAAUAGCUUCUAUGCUUUGAGCGACGACGAGGAGGGCGACUAUAAUACCGUCACGCACAUUGAGUCAGGUAAAGGAGUCAAACUAUUGUUUUCCAAGAGCAAGGUAGUUAUUCCCAACAUCUUGAUAAUUUCGAGCAAGUGCGGGGUCAUUCAAGCAGCUUAUCACUUAUCACUGACAUCUCAACUACAACAACAGGUUUAUAUCCAUCCUACACCAUCUGCGAAAGAUAAUAUUCCAGGAUACAUAGCUCUACUACAACAAAAGCCACCUCCGGAUUCUCGUCCUACGUCGUCUUCCUCUCAAGAUGCAAAACCAAAAGCCGCCGCUUCCUUGCUUCUUGCAUGGCUCCCCGAAUCGUCCCUUGGGGAUGCCCUGAAUACAUAUGUGAAGGUUGAUCUUGCAGAAGGCGAUUCUCCACCAAAACAAUCAUAUCUCGUACCGCCUCCUCCAACCACAACUACACAUUCUGGCUCGGUCGGACAUUACGCUUUCGCCAUACCCGUCUCGCAGGUUUACAGCCUACUCGUACGACCACCAAGUCUAGGAUGGUGGUUCGGAAGCGUCGUCAUCAAUUCUCGAGUUGGAGAUUCCUUCCCUGCGCUAUUUUUCCACGAUUCAGAAUGUCAGUCUACGAUUUUACAAAAGAAGAAGAGGACGAGGGAAUCGUUUGAUCCGUUUGGGGCGAAUGGAGAGAUGUUUUGGGGCGGUGAUGAGGUAUUGAGGUGGCUGAGACGAUAUGUGGAGAUUGAGAGAAGUGGUGCGGAACCGAACAUUUACUUGGUGGAACCGUCGGUUGAAGAUAAAGAAGCGUUUGGAGAUAAACCGGUCACAUCUGCGCCGGUGAGAAGACCAACGAGUAGUGGUGCGAGAGUUGGAAGUGCUGCGGGUGCAGGUUCGAGUUCAUAUCGCAGUGCGCAAAGAGACGCGGGGAUGGAUCCGGUUACAAAGUUUGUGAAGGAGACGGGGUGGAAUCUGAUGGAGAAAUUCAGCAAAGUCACGACAUUUACUAGGAGGACGGCCGAUUCAAUCGUCGAUAACCCGAAAGUACCUCCGCAGGUCAGGAGAUUUAUGAAGAAUCCGGAGGUCCAAACAUUACAAGAGGAGUUCGAUAGUGCGAGGAUAUAUUUGGCACGAUGGGCUAUGGGAAUCGCAGAACAGAGUGAAAGGGAUCGAAACCAGAGGAUAUGGACGGCGAGAGAUGUCUUAGAAAUGGAGGAAACAGAUGUUGGCGAGUUUGAGUUAUUGGAGACCGAGAUGGGUUCUUUGACUAUGAGGGAACAGAGAAAAACAGUAACACUGAGAGAGUGGAACAAGUUCUUCGAUCAGAGGACCGGCAGAUUAUCAAUUACAGUCGAUGAAGUCAAGGAAAGGGUAUUUCACGGCGGACUCGAUCCAGAUGAUGGAGUUAGGAAGGAGGCUUGGCUAUUCUUACUCGGUGUGUAUGAAUGGGAUUCUUCGGCGGACGAAAGAAAGGCCGUGAUAGCAGGUCUACGUGAUGAGUACGUGAAGUUAAAGGGUGCGUGGUGGGAUCGUUUAAUCGAUCUUGGAGGUGAAGGAGAAGAGGGGGACUGGUGGCGAGAACAAAAGAACCGAAUAGAGAAGGACGUUCAUAGAACCGAUCGUAACAUUCCAUUAUUCGAGGGAGAAGACACACCACAUCCAGAUCCCGACUCACCAUUUGCUGAUGUGGGUACCAAUGUUCACUUGGAGCAGAUGAAAGACAUGCUUCUUAGCUACAACGAAUACAAUCGUGACCUUGGUUAUGUACAAGGCAUGUCAGAUCUUCUUGCUCCGAUAUAUGCCGUUAUGCAAGACGAUGCGAUCGCUUUUUGGGGCUUCCAACACUUCAUGGAACGUAUGGAAUGUAAUUUCCUCCGUGAUCAAUCGGGCAUGCGAUCUCAACUUCUUACACUUGACCACCUGGUUCAACUCAUGGAUCCCAAGCUGUAUCUUCAUCUUCAAAGUGCAGAUAGCACCAAUUUCUUCUUCUUUUUCCGCAUGUUACUCGUUUGGUACAAACGUGAAUUUGCAUGGCUAGAUGUUCUACAUCUUUGGGAAAUAUUAUGGACGGAUUUUUUGAGCUCUGGCUUCCAUCUAUUUAUUGCUCUGGCAAUUUUAGAGAAACAUAGGGACGUUAUCAUGACUCAUCUGCAGCAUUUUGACGAGGUGUUGAAAUAUGUCAAUGAACUAUCUAACCAAAUAGAUUUGGAAUCCACGCUUGUCCGCGCCGAAGCAUUAUUUCAUCGAUUUCAACGAACAGUCGAGGCCAUUGAUAAGAAAUCAAGUUUUCCAAAGCCAUCUGUUAGACGCCGUGGUACACAGAGCACACCGCAAGCGUCUGGACCUUCUGGCUCUAGCGGUGUAACUAGUGGUGCCGAUACAGGAAGCGGCGCAAUUGAAGGCGCCAGAAAAGACAAAGGCAAGAAACCAAAUGGAGAAUUAGAAGAUAUGCCCGAGAGACCAAAGGUUAUUAGUAAGGAAUUGAGAGAUUUGUUGAGUAAGAAAGUGGUGGUGUUACCGAGGAAGGUGGUGAGGAGAGAAGGGGAGGGACUAGCCAAGGUACAGAAAUAA